AUGAUGAUGUCGGACCUUGAGUGUGUUGCUAGCGGCCCCCCUAAGGAUUUAGGUAUGGGAACGGGGGUGGGGGAGACGAGGUUUGUGUGGAGAGAGAAAAACGAUUUCCAGAAAGAAAGUGGCGCUGACACGAACCACAGGCCUGAUCCUGUUGGAUGUACACAAUAA